GGCAAAUUUGCUGAAAGCAUCUAUUUUUUAACUCGGUCUUUAUUCUUUGUCAUUCAGCAUUGCCCCUUAAGUUAUAGUAAAAUCCAACAUGGCGUUCAUACGAAUGUGUGUUUUGUUGUCUAAAGAGGUUUUUUUGUGUCUCGAUUUAAUAAUAUAAAGCAAAUUAGCUCAUUAUCGCUAGCUUGCUUACAUCGUCAUUAGGUGAAGGACGAGAAAUGCACCCCAAUUUCCUCCCUUUUAAUUGCAACUCGCCCUUUUAUAUGCGUUACAGAUAUUCACAUUAAUAUUUAAAACCCGCAUAUCUGGCUAAAAUACAGUAUUUAUAUUAUCGUCAGUGUCUUUGAUUACCUAUAUUCGUAUACUGAAUUAAAUGCGAAAUGAUCUGUGAUAUAGAUUUCGAUCAUGUCGGUUUUAAUGUUCAUUAAUGCUCCUGCGUAGUGGCCGCUGCUCGUGUGGACUGGCUGCAUCGAGGCUGUCGGUCAGGUGCAGGACAUGGAUGAGGAGCGGCUGAUGGGAGCCCGGGAUCCCCCAGACACGGAGACGGCCGGCCGGCACAACACUGCACAGGUGGCUGGUGAGAUUUCUGCUCAGACCAGUCUUGACUCCCAAAAGCUACCUGUCACCUUGCUGGUUUCCGAGAGUCUCCCACCAGAACAGAAAUUUAUCAAACGUGGAGAUCAGAGAACCCAGUCGGAGCAGUUUAUCGUCUUUGAUCAGAAUGGGCAGCCUCUGCAGUACGAACACAUGGUGAUCUUAACAGGGCAGCCAGAGAGCGGGUUGUAUGUCAUACCCUCCAGCCAGCUGGAGCAGGCACCGGUGCUGCUUCCCCAAGGACAGCCCAUGGAUGUUGCCGAGGCAACGGGGCCCUGUAAUGAGAGGCCGAUUCAAGAACAGAUACAGACAGCCGCUGUGACGACCGUCACCGAGGGUGUCUGCGGUGUAACCGUGACAUCAUCUCCCGUCGCCCCCGGCAAAACUGAAUCAAGCUCCCCUGACUGCUUCAUGGCCCCAGUACGGCCCCUGCCUCCCAGUGCCCCAAGCUGGGCUCAUAGACUGUGCGGCUGUGAGAAGAUCGGGGAGGCCUACCGUGGUUUCUGCAGCACCGAGGCGGAGCUGGAGGCCGUGCUGAUGCUGCACAAACAGCAGACCCACAGUGUGUUUGGGACCCGCCAGUCUCCAUCCCCUGCCAAACCUGCCACACGUCUUAUGUGGAAGUCCCAGUACGUGCCCUAUGACGGAAUCCCCUUUGUCAACGCAGGCAGCAGGGCUAUCGUCAUGGAGUGCCAGUUUGGCCCGCGGAGGAAAGGGUGCCAGCCCAAGAAGGUGGCUGAGCCAGAGGAUGGCCAGAAUUAUCAGUACAAGGCUACCUGUCCUGCCAGGAUCUAUAUCAAAAAGGUCCGGAAGUUUCCGGAAUACAGGGUGUCCACUGACCCCAAGGUAGACAAGAAGGUGGUCCGUCAAGAGCAAGAGAAAGCCUUUUUCAACCUGAAGAAAAACUUGUGGGAAGCGGGCGGAGUCCUGAGGUAUUACGUUCAGCUGCCCACCAUGAAGGCCCAUCUGUACCAUGACGUGGACGCACCGGCCCUGCCCCCACCUCCCUUGCAGCUCCCCCUGCCUCACAAAGAGGAGCUGCUGGAGGAGGAGGAGGAGGAAAAGGAGCCAGAUGGCAGGAUGGAACAGGAGACGGGUGACGGUGAGCAGGUGGAGGUGCCGUCACGGCUGCACCCCCGCGUCGCGGAGAAGAUCUGUGAGCUGGUGGCACAGGGUCACCACCAGGUCUACAUGGUCCGCAAGCAGCUCAGGAAGUUUGUGGAGAGAGAGAUGUUCAAGUCGGACGAGGUCCCCGAGAGGCACAACCUCUGCUACUUUCCUACGGUCAAUGACAUCAAAAACCACAUACACGAGGCCCAGAAGGCUUUGCAGCAGAGCAGGGCUGACCACAGUGCUGCUGCCGCGGAGACGCAGUGGACAGCAGAGAGCGAAAACCCUCUGGCCGAGACUGUGACCUUGACGCUGACCUCUGCUCCUGUGGAAGAGAGCCAGAAAGCUGCCGUGCUGGAGGGGAGUGACACGCUGUCCUCGGAGGCUGUCCAGCUGUUCAGCUCCCUCACCUCCCUGCAGCCAAAGAUCUUCGCUCAGCUGCGUAGUAUCCAGCUGCAGCCUGUCUUAUGUCCAAGUGAAGGACAUCCAGCUCAAUCACCUUCUGCACCACCAUGCUCCGGAUCUGAUCUUCUGGGCCCGUCCAGUCCCACCCAGUUCUUGCAGUCCAGCGCGUCCCUCGCUGAGGGUAUCUCCCUGACAGACACCUCCACGCUGCUGGGCGUGGGCCAGCUAAUGAGCGUGUCCGUCCUGGGGGAAGGAGGCGCCGAUGCCGGGGUGCAGCAGAUCCUCCUGGGCGAAGCGCAGGCCAUCCCAGUGCAAAUCGUGGAGCCAGUCAUCGUUGGGGAGCACCAGCUGGUACACACUCAGGUGAAGGAGGAGACAGAAGACAGCAGCAUCUACCCGCCACAUUCUCCUGGGGACUGAGAAGCGGCCGCGGUGUGACUGAGCUGCAGGCUCAGCGUCGGACACGCGUUGGGGGCGGAGUGAGCGUGUGGAAGGCUGCCCCACCCCCACGAUAUGGCGGAGACGACAGACGGCACUUCUCUCAGGACCAGACGUCCGGGAUGUUAGGCCACUGCUACCAGUGGUCUGCAGUGAUGAUGCGGACAGCCUUGCUGAAGAAGAGGGAUUAACCAAUGAACUAUGCAACUGCAUUCUGCUCCAGCUAUCGCAGAGAUGGAGUGGCGUUUGUCAUACGUUGUUUCUUCCUCUCUGUUGGUAAAGAUGUUGCUUCACAGCCCAUCAGAGACUAUAAAUUCCUCCAGCUGCCUAACUGGCAUCUACAGCACUGUAAACAACUCAAGUUUAUAACUUAACAUCUGGCAAAGGACACCUAUCUUAUUUUUGCAGUUUGAGCUUUGGACUUAAAGGUCAAUGGCACAUGAAGCUGUGUGAUGCUGAGUGGUACACUGGUAUGGUCCUGGAAGCUUUGUAGGGUGCGCCGGAUCUUCUCAAGCAGUGUUUCUCAGUUCGGUCCUUGGGGACCACCAGCCGGUCCAUGUUUUUACAGGAGUGCGGAGGGAGCAAAAAUGUGGAGCUGGGAGGGGGCAAAAACAUGGACUGUUUGGGGGUCCCCAAGGACCAGGUUGGGGAAACAGUGGUGCAAAGGCCAGUCAUACUCUGGCCAAAAGUAUUGGGAUAUCUUUCCAUCUUGGUCUUUAAAGGCUAGUGGCUUUCUGAUAUGUAGUUUUUCUAUAAAACAAGUAUGGACUAAUGUGAAUUUCUAAAAUGAGUGAGACGUUGACACUGGAAGACCUGGCUCAUGAUCCCCAGUGUGUAGCUGGUCCUCCACUCUGCUUCCGUGGCCCCCCAGGAUCGUGCCACCCAUGCGAGUUUGAACCCUAAUCUUAUUACUGAUUUGCACUAGUGCUGGACCAUCAUCUCCCAUCUGCCAAAGAUACACAAUACAGGUAAACUGGUAACUCCCAUCUGGCUUUAUAGUGUAAAGCAGGGUUUCCCAACAUGGUCUGUGAGGACCUGCAGAUGAUCCACAUUUCUGCUCCCUCAGGACCAGACGGGGAAACGCUGGUGUAAAGGAUUAACUGUGUGGAAUCGGGCACCUCGCUUGGACUGCUGCAGCCUUUUUAAUAAUCAAUUGGUGAAAAGCUGCUGUCUAAGUUAAUGUUUGGUAUAUCACUAAUCAUCACAACACAAUAUCCAAAUAGGAGUUAUUCUGGAACCAUGUAAAUACUCCUGGAAGCAGUUCACUAGCUCAUUACCUGGCCUAACAUCAACUGAAAAAGCUUUAAAUUUAUAGCCUUAGGGGCAGUUUAUUACUACAAAUUACAAGAUCUGUUCCCCAAGUCUGUCAGAUUUAUAGCUAAACACAACACAGUAAAAUCGAUUAUAUAUGGUACUGUGCUGUACUGUAUCCCCAGCUGAUGAACCGUUGAAGCCAUGGAAUGUUUUCAUGACUCAAAGUGUGUGGGUACCUUAUGAACCUUUGUACUUCACUCAGAUGUUUAAUAAUCUAGGCUUUAUGGCAUCCUGUAAGUAUGAGUUAUCUGUAAGCUGGACAUUAACUGGAGGACAGCCUGUACACUACAACUACUAAAUUCCAGAUGACCACUCCAGGUCUCAGGAGAUCCACCUAUCCCGGAGGAGAUAAGACUGGAAGUCUCAAACUGAAACGACGGAGGUUCCGUAUUUACUGAACACUGUUUACAUUCACCGUGAAAUUAAAGCCUCUCUAACACCCCAGAACAUUCCAAAA